AUGCUGAAGGCUCCGAUCAAGCAAACAGCCGGGGACACGAUUGCCACUCUGUCCUCGCGCCUGUCGUCGGCAACUCUUCUCGAAGACAGACGUGCUGCCAUCCUCGGCCUCCGCUCCUUCGCCAAACAAUAUCCCGCUUCGGUCGCCAGUGGCUCUCUUCGCGACUUGAUUGCUGUUCUCCGCACCGAUGGCCUUGGUCUGACAAAAGAUGGAGAGGGCGAUGUCGACACGGUGCGUCUGGUCCUUGAGACGCUUCUCAUGCUGUUCGAGCCCGACCGCGAGAGCGCCGAGGCCAGCGAAGACAUUGCCCUGUGGUUGGCCGACGAGUUCAGUCAGCGUCAAGACAACAUCACUAUUCUGCUAGACCUCCUCGAUCAGCCCGACUACUACGCUCGCAUCUACUCCAUCCAGCUCCUUACUGCCAUCUCAGCCUCCAGACCCGAGAGAACUCAGGAGUGUAUCCUCCAGGCCCCACUUGGAACAGCCAGAUUGGUCGGCGUCCUGGAUGACGGAAGAGACGCUGUGCGAAAUGCUGCCCUCCUGCUUCUGGUCGAUCUGACCAACGUGUCGCAAACUGAGCUGCAGAAGCUCAUUGCUUUUGAAGACGCUUUCCAACGCACCUUCAACCUCGUCCAGUCUGAAGGCGGCCUGUCAGAAGGAGGCAUAGUAGCUCAGGACUGUCUCUCAUUGCUUGCCAACCUCAUCCGACACAGCCACUCCAACCAGGCCCUGUUCCGCGAAUCUGGCUGCAUCCCACGUCUGAUCGAGUUGGUCAAGCAGGCUUCGACCGUGCCAGAGGAAGAGAAUGAGUUCAGCCGCAGCGACCGCGAAAAGAAUGCUUGGGGCUUGCUCGCCGUCCUGCGUCUCUUCCUCGAACGAGGAGAGUUGGGCACCAAGCAAAACCAGGAUGUCUUCUGGCGUAGUGGCGUACUGCACCUCGUCUUGACUCUAGCUUUUGAUGAGAGAGCUGCUCCACACAUCCGUAUGAGUGCUCUGAUGACUUGCGCCGAUGCCAUCAUCUUCAAUGCUCCACUGCAAGAAGCCUUUGCUUCAUUUCAAGUACCUGUCACUCCGGAAACUCCUGCUCCUGUGAACGGUGUUGCAACAAAAUCCCAACCGAAGACCAUGUAUGUCAUUGAAGCUUUGCUCAACCUCGUGCUGUCCGCUUCCGCAUCCCGCACAUUGGAUCUGCGUUCAGCUGGUUGCUCUCUCAUCAAGGCCUAUUUUCACGGCCACGAUCGCAUCAAGCUGCACUUCCUACAAAGGGCUAUUGCAGGAUACACAGAGGGCGAGGAGGAGGACAUCAACAUCCUCAGCACCCUCCUUAACGGUCCUCAGCUCGGUCCUGCCACUCCUGAUCCACCUCGAUUCGCCUUCGCUAGCGACAUCACAUGCCAACUCCUGUUCAACUUGCAAGACGCCAAGUCCAUGCUCAUGAGCGUGUCUGAAGGUGAUGCUGACAAAGGGGAAGAUGUCAUUACAGCUAUCCAAACACUCUCAGGUCACCUUUUGUCCUCUUUGCAAAACGACCUCGAUCCACAACUUUCCAUAUCAUACCUGAAUCUGCUCGUUACCUUCCUCUUCGACGAACCUGCUGCUGUCAACGACUGCCUGGCAGAAGGCUCCUCUCUCAUGGGUGUCUUGAUCGAUAAUGCGCUUCUUACUGCCAACUCGCAAGUUGCCGCGGAUCCCAUCAAGUCUCUGUUACCUGGUCUCUCUGCAAUCUUGCUUGGAACCAUCUACGAGUUCAGUACCAAAGAUAGUCCCAUUCCUCGGCGGACACUACAUCCACUGUUGACCUCCAAACUUGGCCGACAAAAGUACUUUGAUGCUCUGAUGCAGUUCCGUCAAAACCCCAUCAUCCGCGAUUCCGAAUUCAUCCCACCUGAGAUUGAAGGUGCCGCCAUCUUGUUUGACAACGAAUUCGUGGAUUGGUUCAAGGACGAAUACGGUCGUCUCAAGCGAGUGAUUGAUCGCGAACCCGGCAUUGAGGUUGUUCGCCCCUCAGAUGUCGGUGUGGAUCGCGACGUGCUAGACGACUUGCGAGAGAAAAUCAAAGCACGAGAUGAAAGAUUACAGCAAAUUGAGCAAGAUGAUCUGGCCGCUAAGCAAAAGUCAGAUCAAGCCGAAGCAGAAUACCGCCACCAGUUGCAAAGUCUGCAAUCUUCGCAACGAUCCAUGGAAGCCGAAGUUGAGCGCGUUAAGCGUAUCAACGAAGCUCUGCAACGCGAUCAUGAUGUUGAGCUCCAACGAGUUUCUGGAGAAUUACGCAGUCAACUCGCGCAAUUUCAACUCGAGAGCCGGAACAAUCUACAAACGCUCCGCGAUCAGCACAAACAGGAGUUAGAACGUUUCAAGGGACAACAUGGUGCUACACUAGCAAGCGAGCGUUCUCUAUGGGAAGACAAGGCACGCAAGGCUGCUGAACAAGCCACUCGUGAUCAACGAGCCGCUAUCGACAAGGCCGCAGAAGAGCAUCGUAAAGCUACCGAGCAAGCCGCAGAAGAGCAACGGAUGCGUACCGACCAAGUCACUUCUGAGCAUCGCAAAGCCUUGGACGAUCUCAACGCCACUGUUCAACAGAAGGAGAAGACCAUCAAGGAGAACGAGACCGCUAUCUCAGACCAUGCUCGCAGCGAGAAGAUCCUCAAGCAAGAACAUUCUGCUACAACAGCUACUCUUGAGAAGCUUCGUUCAGAGUUUGACGCAAGCAAGUCUGACAGAGCCAAGCUGGAGAAGGAACUAGAGACAACAAAAACCCUGCAGAAGGAUCUGCAACAAGUCAAUACCAAAGCUAUGGCUCGUGUCAAGACACUCGAGGAAGAAGCCAAGGUUCGAGAAACCAAGAUUCAAACCCUUACCUCGGACAUUUCUUCCUUGCAAUCAGAGCUUAGCGCGAAGCAACAGAAAAUCUCCGAGCUUGAGCAAGAGAUUUCAGGUCUCAAGCUGGAACUCGAGGGUGAGCGAAAGGGAUACAACGACCUGGAAACCGAACUCAACGAUUUCAAGACCGUCCACAGCAAACUCGAGACCUCGAACAAGGACCUCGAGAAGCAGAUCACCGAAUCCAAAUCAAAGCCCGCGCCUCCCGACAACUCAGACAAGCUCAAAGCACUGGAAAAGGAACUGGCAGAUACCAAGAAGGAACUCAGCACUGCCUCCUCAAACUCCAAGAACAAGAAAACUUCCGAUGACACAGCCGCCAAACUUGAGAAACAGUUGGAGGCACAGAAGAAGGAGGUUGAGAAGGAGAAGGAAGAAGCCAGUAAAGCGAGAACAGAACUUGAGGAUAUGUUGAUGGUGCUUGCAGAUCUCGAAGAUAAAGCCAAGGGGUACAGAGAGAAGUUGAGGAAGCAUGGGGAGGAGGUCAGUGAGGACGAAGACGACGACGACGAUGAGGACGAUGAUGAGGACGACGAUGACGACGAAGAGGAAGAGUAG